GACUUUUCUCUAUCGCAUAUAAACAGUACAAGUUACGUGGUUCGUGUUAUUAACCCACCUAUCAAGGAGUAUCUUAAGAACCGCUCAUCUAAACGUCAUCAAAGUUACCUCAAUUUAGGUUCAGAACUAUGCCUCGAAAUUACAAGAGAAAGGAAAACAGUAGAGCUUAUAAAACAAGUUAUACAAAAAAAGACUUAGAAACAGCUUUAAUUAAAAUCAAAAACCAAGGAUUUAGCUUCAGGAAAGCUUCAAAAAAGUACAAUAUUCCAUUAGGAACAUUACACAAAAAAGUUAAGUUUGGGGAUCAAGUUCCGAAAAAAAACGGCGGACAAACCAGACUUGAUAGUAUAACAGAAAAUUUAUUUGUCCAAACAAUUGUACAUAUGACUGAUUGGAGGGUACCAUUUGAUUCUUUGGAUAUAAGACUUUUAGUCAAAUCAUAUUGUGAUAAAAGGAGUAUAACUGACGCUCGAUUCAAAAACAAUAUGCCUGGGGUAGAUUGGGUUCAGUCUUUCAUGAAGAGACAUAACUUAACAAACAGGGUUGCUGAUAAUGUUAAGCACAGUAGAGCCAUGGUCAAUGAAGAUACCCUUAACAAACAUUUUGAUAAUUUGUAUAAAGAGUUGAAGGAUAUACCUCCAGAAAAUAUCUAUAACUAUGAUGAGACCAAUAUAACAGACAAUCCAGGGUCCAAAUCCGUUAUUGGCCUUGGGCACCGUGUCGAAAAAAAACAAGAACAUUCGAAGCAGUCGACCAGUUUAAUGUUUUCUGGCAAUGCUGUUGGAGAGUUUUUGCCGCCCAUGGUAGUUUACAUAGCAAAGAACCUUUACCAGGGUUGGACUCAAGGUGGACCACCUGGAACUGUUUACGAUAUCACCCCUAACGGGUGGUUUGACGUUUACCAGAUGGUUUAUGGAAAUAUAUUUGCCUGUUGCUAUUUCAAAAGCCGGAACAACACUAUUGAUUGGAGAUAAUCUUGGUUCACAUUUUUCUCCUGAAGUUAUUAAAGCCACGAUUCAACA